AUGACUCCGGAAUACAAGGCCCAAAAGGAAGCUGCCGUCUCCUUCCUCGGCGGAGGCGGCAUCUGGGAGAUCAACCAUGUCACCCUGGUAGCGCCCGCGGCCGCCUUUCUGUGGGCCAUGUUGCAAACCCGACAAGGCUAUUUCAAGGUCUACACUAUUCCCGCCGCCUUCUCGGAUUUCCUCAUACAAUGUUGUGCCAUCUUGUACGCCAUUACUGUCUACUCUUCCGCGCCGCAGAUGCUCAAUGGUUUGAUGCUGCUGCCCGCCAUUGCCGCAUUUCUGCAGCCUGCUCCAGAGGUCGUGGCGGAGGCGAAAUUCCCGCCGAAGAAUGACGAAGACGCAAAGGCGCAGAAUGUCAAGGACGACAAGGAUCCUCUGCCCGUCAAGCCGUUCAUCACGACGUAUCGAGGAGCCAUGAUGAUCAUCACGUGUGCUAGUAUCCUAGCUGUCGACUUUCCCGUCUUUCCUCGAAGAUUCGCCAAGACGGAAUCAUUUGGCACUUCUCUCAUGGACCUCGGAGUCGGCUCAUUCGUCUUCGCGGCCGGCGUGGUAGCUGCCCGACAACAGCUGAAGGAACAGCAUCAAGUCAUGAAAGGUUUCACAGCUAGAAUGAUGUCUGCCAUGCGCCACUCCCUUCCCCUGGUCAUCCUCGGCUUCGUUCGCCUCUGGUCCGUCAAAUCCCUCGAGUACGCCGAACACGUCAGCGAGUACGGCGUUCACUGGAACUUCUUCUUCACUCUUGCCCUGCUCUCCCCGACCGUUGCCCUCAUCCAGCCCGUCCUCCGCUGGGUCCCAUCCUACAACAUCUUCGCCUUCGCCAUGGCCAUCUGCUACGAGAUUGCCCUCUACUGUGUUCCUGACCUCAAGGCCUACAUCAUCCUCUCCGCCCGGCAUGAAGGCGACUGGCUGUCGCAAAACCGCGAGGGUGUCUUCUCUUUCAUCGGGUACCUCUGCAUCUUCAUUGCCGGCAUGGGAACCGGUCUCAACAUCCUACCUCCGGACACCGAACAGCCGGCCGCCCCACCCCGCGUCUCACAAAAAAUGGGCAAACCCGAACUCCCUAAACGCACUCUCCCCCGCCUCGCAUUCUGGACCGCCCUCUGGUUCGUCUUCUCCACAUGGGCGAUGUGGACCUAUGGGCCCCGCCUCUUCGUCUCCCGCCGCAUGGCAAAUCUCGCCUACGUCUGCUGGGUAUGCACGUUCAACACCGCGCAGCUCUGCGCAUUCGCGGGCAUCGAGGCGGUAAUGUUUCCAAAUAUCUACAAGGGCAAGAAUCGCGCGGAGGAGAAGAAGCGGGUUGCGUAUGCUACGAGUCGGGUCAUGCGAGCGUUCAAUCGGAAUGGGUUGGCGGUUUUCUUGCUGGCUAAUCUGCUUACUGGAGCAGUAAACUUGAGCAUGGAUACGUUGCAUAUGGGUGAUGUAGGUGCCAUGAUUGUGUUGACGAGCUACAUGGGUGUCCUCACCGCGGUGGCGCUGGCAUUGGACAUUUACGACAUCUCGAUCAAGCUCUGA